AUGCGUCAGAUCACCUUAAGCCCAACGGUCCUUGUGGGAGGCUACUUCACCACGUCCAGCACCCCAAGACGAUCCUUCCCCUUGACCUCCAUGCGGAGCGCGCACGGGCGAUCUGACUCCAGCCACGACUCUUCCUCCCCGCCGUGGCCGUCCACUGCCGACGAUCUGACCCCGUACCACAUCCUUGGGCUGCAGCCCGGCGAGCCGUACCGCAAGGGCGCCUUCUACGAGCGGGUCAAGCUCUACCACCCCGACCGACACAGGGCCGUGCCGUCCGCGCUGGCCCCGGCCGUCCGGGCCUCCCGGUACCGGAUGGUCGUCGCCGCUCACAAUCUACUCUCCGACCCGCACAAGCGGCAGGCCUACGACCGUUGGGGCGUGGGGUGGAAGUGGGGCGUGACCACCGCCCCGCAGACGACCGCUGGGAGUGCUCGACGGACGUACACAUACACGUAUAACCGCCCUUCUGGGCCUGGGCCUGGUCCCGGCGGUGCCGGUGCCGGUGCUGGUGCUGACGGGAGUGACUACAGCAAUGCGACAGCUGCCGCCGACAGAAGCCCCCCCGCGCUGCGAUUCUUCUGCACGCGCUCCGGCCUGCUCCUUGUGGUCGUCAUCCUUGUCUUCUUCCAGAGCUGCCUCUUCAUCGUCCAGUACAAUAAGGCCCAGCUUCGCGCGUGGCAGGUCCAACAGCAGUGCCAGCGCUUGCUGGAGCGUCGCCGUACCCGCGCGGGCGACCUGGCUGCCCUGCCGGCCGCCCAGCUCGAGCGCUUUCUCCUCAGUCGUGACCCCGGUGGCAUGGGGCUGACGGGUGCCGAAGGAUACGUCUAUCGGGAUGUGCUGCCUACUUGCGCGCAUGGUCCUGUGUAG